AUGGCCAAGAGCGGCUCGCUGAGUAUCCGCGUGGUGGAGGGACGGGCGCUGCCCGCCAAGGAUGUGUCUGGAAGCAGUGACCCCUAUUGCCUGGUGAAAGUGGAUGACGAGGUGGUGGCUAGGACAGCAACCAUCUGGAGGAGCCUGAGCCCCUUUUGGGGGGAGGAAUACACUGUGCACCUGCCAUUGGACUUCCACCACCUGGCCUUCUACGUGCUGGAUGAGGACACUGUUGGACAUGAUGACAUCAUUGGGAAGAUCUCCCUGAGCAAGGAGGCCAUCACAGCUGACCCUCGAGGGAUAGACAGCUGGAUCAACCUGAGCCGAGUGGAUCCAGAUGCCGAGGUGCAGGGUGAAGUCUACCUGGCCGUGCAGCUGCUGGACGAUGCCCGGGGACGAUGCCUCCGCUGCCAUGUGAGGCAGGCCAGGGACCUGGCCCCCAGGGACAUCUCCGGCACUUCUGACCCAUUUGCACGUGUGUUUUGGGGCAGCCAUAGUUUGGAAACAUCGACCAUCAAGAAGACCCGUUUCCCACACUGGGAUGAGGUGCUGGAGCUUCGGGAAGCACCGGGGACCAUGUCCUCACUGCGAGUGGAGCUCUGGGAUUGGGACAUGGUGGGCAAGAAUGACUUUCUGGGCAUGGUGGAGUUCACCCCACAGACCCUCCAGCAGAAGCCACCCAACGGCUGGUUCCGCCUCCUACCCUUUCCUAGACCUGAGGAUUCUGGGGGGAGCCUGGGUGCCCUGAGGCUGAAGGUGCGCCUCACUGAGGACCGUGUCCUGCCUUCCCAAUACUAUCAGCCUCUCAUGGAAAUGCUUCUAGAGUCAGUACAGGGGCCAGUUGAGGAGGACACCACCAGCCCCCUGGCUGUGUUAGAGGAGCUGGCCUCUGGGGACUGUCGUCAAGACCUUGCCACCAAGUUGGUGAAGCUCUUCCUGGGCCGGGGCCUGGCUGGGCCCUUUCUAGACUACCUCACAAGGCGUGAGGUGGCUCGAACCAAUGACCCCAACACCCUCUUCCGUUCUAACUCCUUGGCAUCCAAGUCGAUGGAGCAGUUCAUGAAGCUCGUGGGCAUGCGCUACCUACACGAGGUCCUGAGGCCGGUGGUCAGCCGCGUCUUCGAGGAGAAGAAAUACAUGGAGUUGGACCCUUGCAAGAUGGAGCUGAACCGCUCCCGGAGGAUCUCCUUCAAGGGCACGCCAACAGAGGAGCAGGUUCGAGAGACCAGCCUGGGGCUGCUGACCGGAUACCUGGGGUCCAUCGUGGAUGCCAUUGUGAGCUCUGCAGGGCGCUGUCCACUUGCCCUGCGCCUGGCCUUUAAGCAGCUACAGCGGUGUGUGGAGAAACGCUUCCCUGGGGUGGAGCAUCAGGAUGCGAAGUACCUGGCCACCAGCGGUUUCCUCUUUCUACGGUUCUUUGCCCCUGCCAUCCUCACGCCGAAGCUGUUUGACCUCAGAGACCAACAUGCAGACCCCCAGACCAGUCGCUCCUUGCUGCUGCUCGCCAAGGCUGUGCAGAGCAUUGGAAACCUGGGCCAGCAGCUGGGCCAGGGCAAGGAGCUGUGGCUGGCCCCUCUCCACCCGUUUCUGCUGCAGAGCAUCUCACGUGUGAGGGACUUCCUGGACCAGUUGGUGGAUGUGGACGGGGAUGAGGAGGCUGGGGGGCCAGCCUGUGCCCUGGUCCAACCCUCGACAAUUGUUCGGGAAGGCUUCCUGCUGAAGCGCAAGGAGGAGCCCGCAGGCCUGGCCACACGCUUUGCCUUCAAGAAGCGCUACUUCCGGCUAAGUGGGCAGGACCUCUCCUACUCCAAGACUCCAGAGUGGCAGGUUCACUCAUCCAUCCCGGUGUCCUGCAUCCGUGCCGUGGAGCGUGUGGACGAGGGUGCCUUCCAACUACCACAUGUCAUGCAGGUGGUGACACAGGAUGGCACCAGGGUGCCACACACCACCUACCUCCAGUGCAAGAAUGUGAAUGACCUCAACCAAUGGCUGUCAGCCCUGCGUAAAGCCAGCGCCCCCAACCAAGACAAGCUGACUGCCUGCCACCCUGGUGCCUUCCGCAGUGGACGCUGGACCUGCUGCCUCCAGACUGAGCGCACAGCUGCUGGCUGCAGCCGCACACACUCAGCUGUCACACUGGGAGACUGGAGUGAUCCUUUGGAUCCAGACGCUGAGGCCCAGAUGGUGUAUCGCCAGCUGCUCCUGGGGCGGGACCAACUCAGGCUGAAAUUGCUGGAGGACUCCAGCCUGGACACAGAUCCCGAGUUGGGCCCUGGGAAGGACUCUGGUGCCACAGACGAGACCUGCACCGAGGUUCUGGCGCAGCAGAGAGCUGCCAUCACCCAUCUGCUGCAGGUACUUGAAGACUUGGAGCAAGCCCAUGAGGAGUUCCAGAAGCGGGGACAGGGGCAAGUGGUCUGCUAG